AUGUUAACCUCCCUGUACCUCGGACCAACCGACACCCUUCUUCAAAUUCUGCAACAAAGUUUCCCAGAAUUAGGAGCCACAAGACAAGACCUCGGAGAUAUGAGCUGGAUAGAAGCUGUCCUAACCAUCGGCGGCUUCCCGAAAGGCACAAACCCUAAAGCUCUCACGGGCACUAUCGUCAACAACGGGAAACCAAAUUACUUCAAAGGAAAAUCCGACUACGUGAAGAACCCAAUCCCCAUGGAAAGCCUGGAAGGGGUUUGGGACUUUCUGCGAGAGAACAGCUCGGGCUUGCUCCUCAUGAGCCCGUACGGUGGAAGAAUGGAGGAGAUAUCAGAGUCGGCGAUUCCAUUCUCGCACAGGGCUGUAAAUCUGUACAAAAUCCAGUACGUUAUGAGUUGGAGCGAAGCAAAGAUGGAGGCCUAUGAAAGCCACAUGAGCUGGAUAAGAAGGCCGUUUCACUACACUCCCUUCGUCUCCAAAUCUCCAAGAGAAGCGGAUGUGAGUUGGAGAUGCGGAUGUGAAUUACAGGGAUGCCCCGCAGCAGUUUUCCGGUAG